AUGGCCACCAACGCGAGCAUCCCACUUAGACCUCGCAAUUACUGGGCUCGUCUGCUGUGGCCGGAGGACCAGCACGAGAGGUACCGCUCGCUUUACGAUCGCGUCUCCGACUACGCAGAGGCGGUCGAUGCAAUCGUGAACGGCGUCGAUAAUGUAGACCCCAGAGACACGGAAGGCAUUCGGAAACCAGAGUUCAAGUGGGAGGUGUUCUGGGUUGCAGCUCUUGGCUUCUUAACUGAGUCUUAUUGUCUGUUCGAGUCAAAUGUCAUUUUGCCUCCCAUUUCCUUCGUGUGGUGGCCAGGGCACGGUCACCGCCUCGAAGCGGCAUUCAACCUCGCUACCCUUGGCUGUUCCAUUGUUGGACAACUGGCUUUCGGUGUCGCUGUCGAUAUAUAUGGCAGACGAACGCUCUACGGUGUUGAGCUCAUCAUUGUUGUAAUCAGUACCCUUGGCCUGCUUCAAUGCAGUAACGGCUUCACCGAUCCCGUGACGGGCAGAUCAACGUGGACUAUAACCCCAUGGCUCAUAUUCUGGCGAAGCAUCAUGGGUAUCGGCGUUGGUGCUGAGUAUCCAUUAUCUGCUGUGAUUGCGUCCGAGUGGUCACCCACAGCCUCGCGAGCGAGACUCAUGGCCUCGGUAUUCCUCAUGCAACCUGUUGGCCAACUAUUCGCAUACGCCGUUGGUCUCUUGUGCCUUGCCAGUUCGCCCACCGGCGGGGUGAGCCAGGUAAGCGUGGACAAGAUGUGGCGUACUGUCGUUGGCUCCGGCGCUGCUCCUGCGAUGUUGGCCGUGUUCUUUCGCCGCAGUAUUCCGGAGUCAUGGCGAUUCGACUACUUCGUCACGUUAAACCCGACGAAGGCAUCUCACGAUCUAAUCUAUGUGUUUGGCUGGGCGCGACGAUCACCCUCUGAUAACGCUGCCAUCGCGGACACGCAAGCGCGUUCCACACAGGCCGUGGAGGGAUCCGGAAGCUCUUCAAGGGAUAUUAAUGAUGAGAAGGCACCUGCAGUCGACGAAUCUCGAACAGGUGCUCAAGCUACUGGUAUAUUCAAGCCCGAUGGCACAAAACGGCGGGUAUCCACACUUCCGAAGCAAAGCGACUUCCUUGCAAGUGCUCAGCCUCCCCGUCCAUUUGAGCCACCACCUGGAGUAGUAAAUGUGCUGCGAUCCGAGGAUCCUCCCAAGGCGGGAUGGCAGUUCAAGUGGUCUAUCUUCUGGCAGUACAUACUGUACACCGAAGCCCACGUUCACGACAAAGCCUGGUGCAAGCCGUUCUUCAGAUGCUUCUUCCAUGACAGGAAGAACCUAAAAGUACUGGUAGGAACUUCGAGCGCAUGGUUCUUUCUUGACUUCGCCUUGUGA